AUGGAUAAUAAGUUAAGGAAAGUUUAAUAUUCAUUAAAGUAGAAUUGUAAACUCAGGAUAAAAGGGUUAUUUGAAGAUCUUCAGAGAGCAAAUAAGGGUGUAUCUUCUUACUUGCUUAUUACAGAUGCUAACUCACUAAAAAUCUUGAGUUCAUUUAUGAAGAUGAUGGAACUUAUGGAGUUGAACAUUCUAGCAGUAGAACGUAUUGAUAAUGAUAGAAAGCCAUAUCCUAAAUAGCAUGUUAUUUAUUUCUUGUCUUGCUAACUUGAAUCUAUUGACUUAUUGCUAAAAGAUUUUCCUAAUAAAAAAGAAGCAAAAUAUGGAUAAGUGCAUUUGUUUUUCAUCAACAGAGUCUCUAAUGAAUAUAUGAGCAAAAUAGCAUCCAAUAGUCUCCUCUUAGAUAGGGUAGUAACUUUUAAGGAGUUUAAUCAAGAUUUUGCAUGCAAAUUCGACAAUAUUUUUAAUCUUGAAAUAAAAGAUGAUUUAUCACUAAUGUAUAGCUCUAAGAUGGUAAGAUUCUAAUAAUUUGCUAAAGAAAUUGGAGAUAAACUUGCAACAGUAAUUCUUUCUUUUGAAAAAAUAUAUGGAGUCGAAAUAAUGCAUAAUAAAAGCGAAUUAGACUAUUCUCAAACAAUAGCUUAAUCAGUUCAUUAGCGUAUAAAUGAAGUUAUUAAUAAAUUGUAAGCAGAAAAAUCUGAAUAGUUCGAUUCAACUGCUGGAAAAAUAACUUUGGUUAUAAUUGAUCGCGCUUUCGAUCCAUUAUCACCAAUUUUACACGAUUUUUAUUAUUAACCUAUGCUUUACGAUCUACUAGAGGAAUAAAUAGAAAAUGAUAUAAUUAAGUAUAAGAUUUAAGACGAAAAAACCAAUUAAGUAGUAGAGAAGAAAGCUUAAUUAAAUGAGCAAGACGAUUUAUUUAAAAGAUAUCGUUUCUCUCACAUUGCUGAAGUUAUGAGUGGUAUUGGUGAUGAAUUCGGAAAAUUUGUAAACUCAAACAGUACUGCUAAAAUGUAAAUGGGUGCAUUUGAAGAAUUAGACUUUAAAAAGAUGUCAGAAAUCAUUCGUAGUAUGCCUUAGUAUCAAGAACUAAUAGCAAAAUAUAAUAUGCAUAUGAAGAUCAUUGAAGAUUGCUGGAAUAUGUUUGAAAAGAAAGACUUGAAAAUGGUAGGAGAAUUAGAAUAAAGUUUAGCAACAGGUUUAGAUGUUAAUGGAGAUAAAACAAAAGAAAAAUAGUUGAUUUCCUAAAUAUCUGCAAGACUUUAAAGUGACACUCUUGAUGAUUACGAUAAGUUACGUUUAGUUUUAAUUGCAACAAUGACUAUCGAGCUAACAGAUAAGCACAGAAAAGAUCUUACAUAGUAUCUUCCUAUGCAAAAGCAAGUCGCUUUAGAUAACCUUACUUAACUUGGUAUCAAUCCAUAAAGAGCUGGUGAUAAAAAAUCUAAAUCAAAAACUAGAAUAUCUAAGGAAGCUAUCAAAAAAUCAAAGCACAAAUUGUAAUAAUAAACUUUUGAUUUGUGCAGAACUACUCCAGAGCUUGAAAACUUAAUGGAAGCAUUCAUUUCUGAUUUUAGAAGUACUUAAAACUUUAAAAUCCCUCCAAAUUUUAAAUCUCUAAAGAUAAACUGCGAGGACUAUAGUGGCAAAGGUGCCAAAUCUUUAUAGUAAAAAAAUAGAUUGGCCAACAUUCUAGGUGGUAACAAUGAUGAUGAUGAAGUCAACAAUGGAAUUUAAAAAAUAAUCAUAUUUGUAGCAGGAGGAAUAGCUUACAACGAAAUUCGUGCAAUUCGUAACUUAAUUGGAUCUUAAGAUUAAGAUUUCUUAACAAUUUUGGGAGGUACUUCAUUUAUUACUCCUAAAUAAUAUGUUGAUGGUAUUUUAAAGUUAAAAAGUUAAGAUUUUUGA